AUGGGUAGCAGUAACAGUGUGCCCAAAAUGGAUCCGAUGAUGGAACAUCAUCAACCGUAUCCGGAUAUGAAUGUUAUUUUUAAGGGAAUUCCGAAAAUGAUGCAGGUUGCUGAUGACAUGCAUCGUAUGACAAAUUACAUAAUGGAUUUACGCAAUAUGACCGUAGGACUAGUGUGCUUGUCGGUGAUUGGAGUGUUUCUUUUUCUCAUCCUAAAAUUUGCGCAAGGACGUAACAGUGCGGCGAGGAGGAAACGCGAAAUUGGGCGUCGAAAUGAGGUUUUCGAACAUCUCGAUUUGGAUGAUCGUUCAUUAACUCGUCAUCAGGCGAGUCAUUAUGGAACAUAUCAAGGAUUUGCUGAUCCAUGGCAUGAAGCACAUGCAAAACUGCAGUCAACAACAGCGAUUGAUAUGGAUAAAGUGCAGCUGGCCGUCAAUCCAAUGUCAUCUGAUGGUGAACGAUCGGUUGAAGGAAGUCCUCGAUUGAAUAAUCCAAGAAUAUUGCCUAAUUUGCCAAAUGGGCAUACACUCAAAGUGUGA